AUGGAUCAAGACAAAUCACAAUAUUGUGAUUUCGCAAGACUCACCAACAGAUAUCCAACUGAAAUCCAACAUCAAGCAUCACGGGAGAUGGGGUUCCUCAAGCCACUUGUAGCCGAGACCAGUGAAUCAUCCAAAGCUAAGGCUCCUGAGGAAGAAAUUGUUCUCUCGGAUACAGAGGAUGAAAAUAAUCAUGAAAAUUCUGCUGUUGAAAAACCCUUGCCUUUAAUUUCUGUUAAACAAGAACCUGUUGAUGAUUUACAUGAAAAUCCUUCUGUUCUUGAUAAAAGCUUAUCUUUACUUGCUGAUAUUAACCAUAUGACUACUGUUAUAUAUGGUCCACAUCAACUACAACCCCUACUUCUCUAUUUUCAAAACUUGAUAUGUUCACUAUCUUGGAUGAACACAGAAGAUCCAGCUGAUGAAGAAGACAAUCUGCCGCUGUCUCAAGUUAAGAAAAACAAGGAGAAAGCCAAAGGCAAGAAGAAGGUGCAAGAAGAACAAGCCGAUACAAAUCCUGUACAGAAAAUUCAAGUCUUCACGGUUCCUGCUCCAAGGCGCAAAACCAGGUCAUCAUCAAUCAUUGAACAGAAGGAAACCCCAUCUCUUGUCAGAAAAUCCAAGAGGAAACAAACAGCUGCUGAACCAAAUGUCUCACAAGAAGCUACCCGUCAUAAGAAGAGGAAGAAGAGUAUUUCAACCAAUCCUGAUCACACCCUAGUGGCUGAAAGCCAGCCAGAUGUGUCUGCUGUGGUACCACUUGAAACAAUCACACCACAAUUUCUUUCUGAUGAGUUUGCAGCAAGAUGGGACUCCACAAACCAAAGAAAAAUUUUGAGUGAAAGAUUUCUUGAUGUUGAAAAAUUCAAAUCCCAGUGCCAACUCAUGCCAGUAUUUGAGAAGCUGAACCUGGUGAAAUCUGUGACAAGCCUGAAAAGCUACCCACCUGUUGCCAUAAAGGAAUUCUAUGCAAACCUUAUGCUGACCCUUAAGGAAGUGGGUUCAUCUCAAUAUGGGCGUGUAUGGCUCCGAGGAAAUGAAUACAACUUCAAUCCUUCCAUCAUCAACAUGUACCUGGGCAUUGAUGCAAGUGAUAUUGAGGAUCCUGUUCUGGGAGCAAACACAAUCACAAAGGUCAUUACAGGUGGAACAUACAACUAUUGUCCUACUGAGACAAACAUGCUGCCGGCAAAAUCAUUGACUACGAAGUAUGCAAUCCUGCACAAAAUUGCCAUGACGAAUUGGAUGCCGAGUGAGCACAGAGGAGGAUUGAACUUGCAUAUGGCCAAUCUGAUCUACAGAAUAGGAAAAUGUAUACUUGUUGACCUAGGUGACUUAAUUUUCAAGCAUGUGGCAACUUUCAAGAAACCUGCUACUAAGGAAAGCAAAGUGAAGUUACCCUUCCCAUGUACAAUCUAUGGGGUACUUUACACACAAGGAUUCAAACCAGAACCAAAUGAACCCGUGGAUGUUCCUCAAGUAAGACUGAUCGAUGCUCGACUCAAAUCGGGAUCACAUGUGCUUGACAUUUUUCCAGAACAUGGAAGCAGUUCUGCUCCAGCCUUAAAUCUUGAUGCUCCAUACACAAGCAGGCUAACAGCACAGCAUUUAGACAGAAGCAUCAAGGAUCUCAACACAAUCAUUCAAAUUCUUGUUGAGAAGAGAACAAUUGAGAUGCAGCUGCGUGAACAACUGAGAUUAAGGGAUCAAGAGAUGGCUGCUACUACUGCUGGACAAUCUGAUGAACCUUCCAUGACACCUGAUGCUCAAACUACUAGCAACCUACCGGAUGUUGAGGUUACCUUGAACAGCCAGGAGGCUGAAUCUUCAGAAUCGGAAUGA